AUGCGCCCAAGUGAAUUGAUAGGGUUACCUGAGGCUGCGACUAAGAUUGGUUGUUGCAUCAAAGUUCGUGUACAAAGUGUAGAUCCAAAACGUUCACAAAUGAUUCUUGAACAACCUAUUCAUGCAAUUGGAAUUGGAGUAAAGAAGCAAAAGAACACAACUACAAACUCUCAAAAGAUUACUACAAACACUAAACUUGCAAAACCAUUUAGAAUAUAUAAUGCUGAAGUGAUUGGACCGUGGCCAUAUGGAGGUACAUCUUCUGCUACAACGGCUGAAUUACUUAUUCCUGGUGGAAGUGUUGGUCGACUCCAUGUAAGCGAAUUAAACAAUUUAGAUGAAUAUGGAGAGGGUUCAUGUCCUAUGCAACAAUUUUUGGAACGAAACACUGGAAAAAUGAUAAAUAUUAAGGUUCUCUCUGUUAGCAAAAGAAAAGCGUUUCCUGUUAAAGGAAAAAGAUUACUUGAGGAACGGAGAAAAUCAGAUAGAAUUGUUGAAUGCACAGCAAGAUGUGAUAAGUUGCAAGAGUCACGAAGAAAACUUUCAAUUUUGAAUUAUCGUAGCGUGUUCAAACCUGGUAAUGUGGUUGCAGUUUUUAUUGUUUCAAAAUCUUCAAAUACUACAAAUAAUAUAAAUCCUGAUUUUUCUGCUAUUAUUUCAAGAGAGAAUAUUAAAAUCACUUCAAAAUUAGAUCAUCAAAAUUCUGAAAUUAAUGUCGAUGAUUUGUUCGACAAUGGAGAACUUCGGUUUGGCAAAGUGAUUGGUGUUAACAAAACAAACAGAGGUAGAAUUGUGGUAUUAGAGUUGGUUGAUGCUCCUAAUUGUGAUCUUGAUGAAGAAUCGACUAAAAAUCUGUCGAAUGAUGUGAUUAUGUCUGAAUAUGAUAAUGAUUCAACUGAUGAAAGUGAUGAUAAUACUCUCACAAUAAGUGGGGAAUGUGAUGAUGACGGAUCUGAGGAAGAAGAGGAGAACGGGAUUGGUGAAGAAUCGGGGUCAGCACAAGAGUUUGAACAAAUUCUUAUUACAAAUCCCAAUUCUAUUUCACAUUGGAGUAGCUACAUUCAGUUUAUGGCACGCAAAAGUACUUCAAAGAAGAAUUAUAUUUUGGGAAAGGAAGUUGCUGAGCGCGCUUUACAAACGAUCGCAUUCGAGAGUGAUAACGAUUUGAGUAAAAUUUGGCGUUCAUAUCUUUAUUUGGAAGUGCUUUUAGGCGAUGAACAAUCAUUGAAAGAAUGCUUUAAACGUGCUUGCGCAGCAACUGAACCAUUAAAGACACAUAAAUACUUGAUUGAUCUUCUAAAGAAACAGCCAAAUGCAGAGGGGCGUGAAAUGGAGAUUCGUGACUACUUUGAAUCUUUAAUUAAGAAGAGUAAUGAAAUAGAACCUUGGUUUGCAUUUGCCAAACAUUUGUUGCAGCAAAAUGAUUCAAAUCAAAUUCUUCAACUACUUAGAAGAGCAAUUCAAUGUACAGAAAAACGAAAACAUCUACAAUUAAUCAAAGGAUUUGCUCGAUUAGAGGCUCAAUAUGGAGAUGUUGAAAGAUCAAAAACAAUGCAGGAAUUGAUAAAGAAUUAUAAAGAAGUUGGGAAACAGAUAGACAUUCAAUCAUUGGAAAGAGCGCUUGGUGUGAGGAUAGAGCAAAAUUAG